AGCUACAGGCCACGGAUGCCAAGGUUGGGGCCCUGAUGGACCCCAAGAGCAUGGUGCAUUCUGGGAUGCUGCUGUCCCUACUGCAUCAAGUCUGCUCCGCAUACGAGAAAGACUCCAAGAAACGAGACAAGAUGUUCCACUUGUUCUGCCAGAAGAUGAACAAACUGAAGCUUUUACCGUCCCAGGAUGUGAUAGAUACAUUCAGUGAAAUGCAAGCUGCCUAUACUAGGGUCUUCAGACAGAUUAUGCAUGCUACAUUACAACACCUACAAGAGGCAGACACGGAGCCUCGCCUGCUUUCACUGCCGAGCACGGAACAGGAGAGGACGACGGUUUUCCUCCAGAUGCAGAGUCCCUUGCUUCGCUUACCCAGGAUGACACAGGAGGAGAUCAUCUACUCCCGCACCACGCGGUAUCAGAGGGAAUUCAAGGAGCUUUGUUUGCUGGGCAAAGGGGGCUUUGGCAAAGUGUACAAGUGUCCACAGGUUCGCAGCAAGCUGGACCAGCGUUUGUAUGCAAUCAAGAAGAUCAAAUUGAAACCGACAAAUAUUGAGAAGUCACUCAAGCUUGUGAAGGAAGUUCAGCUCCUAGCUAGUCUCAAGCAUGCCAACGUAGUUGGCUAUAACACGUCCUGGAUCGAAGCUGAGCAAGCAAGCUCUAAUCAUAAACACAGCUCAUCCGGUGAAAGCCCAAGAAGUUCCAGCGAGCAAGAAAGUUCAACAAUUGACAAUAAAGUUAAGAUUGAGGACAUUGGUAACCAAGGCGAACUGUCACCUCGCAUCUGGAAAUACAAUGACAAAGUGUCCCAUUUAAGCCAGUACUUACAAUAUCCCCAUACGGAUUCCGUGGCUAGUAGCCCCAGCCGGCUUAGUCGUAGUCCUAGUGAUUUAACCAGUACUCUCGUUGCCUCACCGACAACUCCCAGGGUGCAUUGCUCUGGGGACGCAUCUCAUCAUUCUCAGUCUUUCGAGAGUGAGUCACCUUCAAAUUUAAGAACGGAAACUGAAAGAGCCUCAACGCAGAACUCAACAGAUUUCACAGCUACAUCAGAAUUGUCCGUCAGUGCGUGGUCUUCGAUGGUCACAGUGUCAACAUCAGAGACUCAGACCUCUAACCUUCAUCUAGACCCGUCUCAUCAGACUUGCAAGGACUUGUUCCAGGAGACUUUUUGCUCCCAGUCAGUCUCAACAAGGCAGCAUUCUUUUCAUUCGGAGUCAAGGACGACUGAAGUAGAGACGAACUUGUUCGAGCAGGACAGCUUCUCUGAAUCUGACAUACAGUUCCAAGACCAGGAUUCGAAGAAUGCAAACCUUGACGAAGACGAGUACUCUGAUAUUCAGAUAUCCUCUGAAAACAGUCUUGGGGAAAACCCAAAUGAUGUCCUAGACUUCAAUAAAAAGGAUACUGUGAGGGUCAAGGAUAAGGAACUAGAUGUGCCUGUCAUUGAAGCCUCAAAAAAUCCCAUGAACAGUUCACUCAAAGUAGCCUCUGCCACUCGGAGUAAGUUUGCGGCAGACCAAAACAAAAACUCUUGGUUGCUUCCCAGGGAUGUGAUGCACGGUGCAUUCGGAUCCAUGCUGCCCAGCAUAGGCUCUCCACGGAGCAAACUGCAGCCAGCUGGUCACAAGAUCCAAUCUAAGUGUAAAAUCGUCAGUCUAGAUGGCACGCCAGACAAUACGUCCAAACCAAAAGCUCCCAGGCAGAGGCGACGACACAGAUCCAAGAGCCAGGAUGGCAUACCGGACAAGCCCCAGACUGUGAGUCUGGUACCCAGCGUCAACGCCUUCCCUGUGUCCACAUGGAAUCUGUACAUCCAGAUGCAGCUGUGCUCCAACACCCUGUCACACUGGCUCCGAGAUCGGAAUACCAAGACAGACAAUGUCAAGGACUUCUUAGAUGUUGUGAGCAUAGAUGACAACAUGCACAUCUUCAAGCAGAUACUGGAUGGUAUGCAUUACAUCCACUCCCAGGGUCUCAUACACAGGGACCUCAAGCCAGAGAAUAUCUUCUUGGAGGAAUCCAGUGUGGACCUGCAAGUCCUGAUUGGUGACUUUGGUCUGGCCACGGAGGAUUUUGUGUUAGAGACCAUGACAUCAGAUCCUGAUAUUCCUAAUGGAGUCCGGGCAGAGAGAUGUGAAGCUAAACCACAUACAGCAAAAGUAGGUACAAUGCCCUAUGCCUCACCAGAACAAAUGAAAGGAUCCAACUAUGAUUGCAAGUCUGAUAUGUACAGCUCUGGUAUUAUCCUCUUUGAGAUGUUCCACCCCUAUAAAACCCAAAUGGAGCGAGCUGGCGUCAUUGGCCAGGUCCGUGCAAGGAAAAUACCGUCUGAGAUUGAAAAGAGAUGGCCGGAUCAGUAUAAGACCAUUGGCCAGUUGACCCACUGCGAUAGCGGCCAAAGGCCAAAUGCAGAGGAGGUCCUCAAGGGACCACUCUUCCCGUCCAAGGAUGAGAUCAUCAAGGACUUAGGUGCCAAGCUUUCUGAGAAGGAUGCCAAGCUGUCUGAAAAGGAUGCAGAGAUCAAGAUGCUAAAGCGGAAACUUGCCGAAUACGAGAAGACAUUGUCCUGAGGUAGUUUCCAUGGCAACUAACCUCAUCUCAAGAGCCUUAUCUUGGUGAAGAAAUAGGAUGGUUUCCAUGGCAAUAUAGACCAUCUCUAGUACUUUCUGGAAGGAAAGAGCUUUUGUUUCUGUGGCAAUAUUUACCCAUUAUUUAUACUUUUUAUUUUGCAGAAAUACCACCAACUUUAUUUUGACAGAUGGUCUCACAGAGUGUCAGUAUUGCCAAGAUGCUUGAGAAGAAAACAAAAGAAUUUGUUGUUAACUUCUUUUAAACAGCAUUUUUUUUCCUGAAAUAUAUAUAUUCUUCUCAGAUUUGCACUGGAUAUAGGGAAGAUAUCAGAAUACAAAAAAUAUGAGUUCUCUUGUGUAUCUUGUGUCAUACACCAGAUAUGGAUAAAAAAAACCUUUUACAUGUAUAUGAUAGGUAAGGCAUUCGGGCAAAAUGAGAUGGAUCUGGGCGCAGGCCGUAUAUAGUUGUCAAAUAUGUCAAAAAAACGUUGUGUUUUUUUUUAAUUUUCAGAUUUAUUGAUAUUUCUAAUCUUUGAUAUCUUCUACAUAUAUUUUAAAGAAACAGUAUAAAAAUCACUGAAUCAAAGUGUUUUUAAUGAAAAACAAUUGGCAUCUUUCAUUUUCACGACUACUAAACAGUCGACAAGUUAAUGGCCUUCUUCUCAGUAUUUUACUUUUUUGACAUGUUGAUAGACGUGAACUUUAAACAGCCAUAACUUGUCAGUGGAAAGUCCGAUUGAAGUGCAAAAAAAGUAUUGCGAGGAGAAUUUUAUUCUCAUUCCUAAUAUCUGCAAACCAUCAUUUUGAUAUCUGCCUAGUUCUGUCUCAUUUUGUCAGAAAGUCUCAUAUAUAUGUCGUGAUAUACCAAAUGUUAUGGCUCAGCUUAUGACAGAAUUCUGUGUUUAUGGUCACCAUGUUUUGCUUGUAGCACCAGCACAUGAACUUGCAUAAACAUUUGAUAACAAGAUGUAUGGUGGAUCACAUGCUGCACACAUCUUCUCAGCCCUUUGAAUUUUUCCAACAAUAAAUACAGCCGGUUCAGUGAUUACCGUAUCGGGGUUCAGAUCACUGAAUCGGCUAUUUUUAUUGUGUAAAGUUGCCAGAUCGAGGCUCUGCAUGCCCAAUGGCAGAGCGUGAAAAGACAGAAUUACCCUGUUCUCUGUCAUCUGCCUCUUAAAUGUCUUGGCCGAAUUACACGGCUUAGCGAAAAAUCCAUGCUUACCGUAGCAGAAAAUUCCAUGCUUAUGGUUAGUAGAUAUCACGGUUGAGUGAGGAAUUUUGGCUUAUCUGCAUGCGUACAACUCGCAACUAGGAAUCUGUGCUUACAGGGUUAGCAUAGAAUGUUUCCGUUGGCAUAGAAUGGUGAUCCCAAAUGUAGAAUUCUGUGGUUAACAGAACCGUGCAAUUGGGCCCAUGUCUUUGGGAAUGUUGGAGGGGAAGUAGGAAUUUUGACCAAUGUAACAUGGAGGUGACUGCUUUUUAUCCUUUUCUUGAGGAGGGAUGGGUUAAAUUAUAUGACAGGAAGGAUCCAACAUUUUUGUUGGUCGGGAUAUAAUCUACGUCACCGAGCAUGGUCAAAUGGAUAAGUACAAGGGUAUCUAGAAUUUGGUGUGUUUGACUGGCUUUGAAUGUUUUGCAUGUAACGGUAUCUCCCCCCCCCCCCCC